GGUGCUGUUCCGGGACUGAGAGAAGAGAGACCGGAGAGAUACUCAUCUGUUCAAGAGGGUCAAAUAUAUACAUAGAUACAUAUAUACGUAACAAUUCAUCAUUUUUUAAAGACAUUUCUCUUCAACACGACGGUUAGAGGAUUGUAUUGUCGCGGAGAUGAAAUGAGCAAAACGACGUUGGGCUUGUGUUUAAGGUCAGUUAUCAUGCAGUGAGAGGGGCUGGCGUGUGGUUCCUGAUCCUGCUAUCCCAUGCCCACAGUGCCAGACUGAGGUGCUCUUUCAGGGGCCUCUCUUGCUCCCUCGGUGCCCAGAGCCAUGGAGCAUACGCGGGAGAAGGAGAGCGAGCGGCCGGCACGGAACACUAAGACUGCUCAGAGCCGCAACACACACUCUCGCCCGUCUGGCUCUGGCUCGUCUGGUGUGCUGAUGGUCGGCCCAAACUUCCGCGUGGGGAAGAAGAUCGGAUGUGGAAACUUUGGGGAGCUGAAGCUUGGCAAGAACCUUUACACCAAUGAGUAUGUCGCAAUAAAAUUGGAACCUGUGAAGUCGAGGGCGCCACAGCUGCAUUUGGAGUACCGUUUUUAUAAAACCCUGGGCAGCACAGUGGAAGGGUUGCCACAGGUGUACUACUUUGGCCCAUGUGGGAAGUAUAAUGCAAUGGUUCUGGAGCUGCUAGGUCCCAGUCUGGAGGACUUGUUUGACCUGUGUGACCGAACAUUCUCCUUGAAGACGGUCCUCAUGAUUGCAAUUCAGCUGAUAACUCGGAUGGAAUACGUCCACUCAAAAAACCUCAUCUACCGGGACGUCAAGCCAGAGAAUUUCCUAAUUGGGCGUCAGGGCAGUAAAAAGGAGCACAUCAUCCACAUCAUUGACUUUGGUCUUGCAAAAGAAUAUAUCGACCCAGAGACCAAAAAACACAUUCCUUACAGAGAACACAAGAGCCUGACUGGCACAGCACGUUACAUGUCCAUCAACACACAUUUAGGAAAAGAGCAAAGUCGGCGGGAUGACCUGGAAGCACUCGGCCACAUGUUUAUGUACUUCUUGCGGGGUAGUCUGCCGUGGCAGGGGCUGAAGGCAGACACGUUGAAAGAACGUUAUCAGAAAAUUGGAGACACCAAGCGAAACACUCCCAUUGAGGUUCUCUGUGAGAACUUUCCAGAGGAGAUGGCUACGUAUUUGCGCUACGUACGGCGGUUAGAUUUCUUUGAGAAGCCAGAUUAUGAGUAUCUAAGGACUCUCUUCACUGAACUAUUUGAAAGGAAAGGAUAUACAUUCGACUACACGUACGACUGGGUCGGCAGACCGAUUCCGACACCAGUCGGGUCAGUUCAUGUGGAUUCAGGAGCCUCUGCUAUCACUAGAGAAUCCCACGCCAACAGAGAAAGACCUUCACAACAUCAGCCGCUGCGGAACCAGACGGUCAGCUCGGAGCACAGGGGAGCAUGGGACACGCAACCUCAUCGGCACACCAACCUGUCUUACCUGAGCUCAUAUAUGGCUUCUGACCGGCAUGGGGGCUCUGCACAGGUGAUCAGCUUAACCAACGGGGAGCUGAAUGCAGAGGACCCUCUGGUAGCUCAUUCCAAUGCACCAAUAACAACGCAGGCAGAAGUGGACGUGGUGGAUGAGGCCAACUGCGUGAAAAUGCUCAACUUGUGGUGCUGCUGCUUCUUCAAGCGUAAAAGGAAGAAGAGUUCCCCGAGGCACAAAUGAGCCAAAAUAUUCCUCUCCUUGUUUUCACUGCACUGCUGAUGUGAGCCUUUCCAUGGAGACGCAUUUACAGCUGGAAAUUUUCAAGGCCAAUACAUACAGUACAUACAGUGGCCCUGCAAGAAUGUUAAGCUUCUUAACAGUCCAGAGGCACCUGGACAGGACUGUCUCCCCUUUGCACUCUUUUAUUUUGCCGUUUCAUCCUGAUACUUCUUUAUUUAUGUAUUUUAAUGUUUUUAUGGAUGUCUGUCCCUAUGAGGAGCCAGUUAGUAGAGGACAGUCAUGCUGCAUUUCUUCCUGAAGGGUUGUAUUUUGCUAUGAACAUUUGUAUUUGAACUUUUCCCAAAUAUUCAACCAUUUCAAGGACAUUUCUUGCUCUUGUGCUUGGCCGGUUUAUUGUUCUUGUUUUCUUUUCUUUUCUUUUGUCUAUUUUCCCCAUGCUUUUGGACAGAGAGGAAUUCAUCGCCUGGUGGUACCUCGACUCAAUAGCACAGAUUACUUCCACUUCGCUGCAGUUUUCUUUGAUAGAUUCUGUGCAGUUUGAAUAUAAAUGCCAAUUUACUGUAUGCAUCCUGCCUUACUUACACCCAUAAACACAUAAGCACUGUGUCGUCACAAAAAUAACUCAUUUAAUGCAAAGUUCAAAACUCCACAACACAAUAACAGUCACAAUGAAAAGAAUGUGUUACACUGAAGACAAAUAUUAUUGCAUGUAAAAGUGCAAUACAUACGUCAGUAUGUAAACGCGUAUGAAUCUCUAAAGGGGUUUUGCAUAGAUGACUGGCUUGCGAAGGAUUUUGUCCCCGAAGACCAAAAUCUAAAUGAGAAAAAAAAAAUUUACUCGAUAUAUUGACGUAUUUAUCCUGAAGGUAUUUGUGGCAUGUAAAAUGUUUGAUUAGGUAACCAAAAGCCAUAUUUCAUGGAACUGUGUAUUUAAUCGUAUUGUAGUUUGCAUGAUCCAAUCCAUUGCUUCUCUUAAUACAUUUACAGCAGGGGUGUAAAUGAGAAAGCCCAAAUCAGUACCACUCAUUUUAGCUUCAGCUUGCAAAGCAUAUUUGCAAUGUGCAGUUAUAUAGAAACCUUCAGCUUUGAAUGUGCAAUACCCAUUCCCAAAGUCUUAAAGGUUACAAUUCUCCAUUACCAUUUUCUGUUUUUCCCCCAUUUUUUUUUUCUUUCUUAUUAGUGUUUUCAUAUAUUUUCAAAUUAUGGAAGAUAUAGAAGACUGUUUCCCCACAGAUGAGGCCAACAGUUGAAAUUUUAUAGCAGGUUUAUGUAUAUUUAUGGUUUCUGUAACGUGGGUUUGUGCAUUUAGAAGGAAGGUGUCGUUCUUUCACAUUGUCAGGUCUCUUCUCUCAUGUCCCCUGCUGAUGAUACUGUGUAAUGCUUUGAGUACAGAGCUGCAUACACACUAGUCAGAUCAUUACCAUUAUUAUACCUGGGUAAAAAUAUCAGACCGAUAACUUUUAUAGGUUCAGACUAGCUCCUAUCCUACCUAUAUUAAUGCUGAGAUGGACUGCAAGCCUGUCAUAACUUGAUGUGCGAUUUACCUGCAACUAAUUAUACUGAAUCAUUAUUGGAUGUAAAGAGCAUUUGUCUUAAUUCCCACGAUGCUACAGAGAUGUUGGGUAUUGGGUAAACAGUGUUCAGGUUCUUUGCACCUUGACAUACUUGAGUGUUUAAGAGAAAGCUAAAUUAACCUUUCUAUUAAAUACAUUGUUUUCGGGAUUAAUACAUCUAUUUUUUUUUAUUUUUUUAUUACGUUAUAUUUCUGCUUUAGUCUUCAAGCUAGCUUUUGUUUGGGUGAAUGUUUCUUCAUGUGUAAUCUAACUAACAGCUGCCUGUUUAUAGCAUUAAUUCUAUUGCAGAACUUUUGUACUGUAACUGCUUGCUUUUUGUUUGUUUGUUUUUUUUAUGUUUGGUUUUUGGUUUUUGAAUAUGGAUUAAUAAUUGGGGCCUAAAUGAUGGACACUUCUCAGAUUUUGCCUUUAAACAAAAUGAACAUUUAUUUUGUAUUUAAUGAACCAUGCCUCAAAUGGGAAAUUUGAUUGUGUGUUUUCUGUGCAUUUACAGUGCAUAUGAGUGUAUGUGGUCACUUUAUUUGUAAUUUUAUUGAUUGUGAAUAUUUGUGAAUAUUUUUGUUUCAUUUAUUCGGAGAACACUAAGGUCUCCACGGCACCUCCUGGUGGGGUGAAUGACUGGAUCUGUGCUUUUCUCCUAAAUUAGCCAUAUAUGGUAAAAAAAAAAAAAAAAGAUAUAUAUAUAUAUAUAUAUAUAGGUGUGUGUGUGUGUGUGUGUGUGUGUGUGU